UAUUCGCCAUCGGAAUUUCGUGCAAGACAUGGUGAAAAUCUAUCGCAUACGAUCACUAUAUUGCUCUUCGGAUAGACCACGUUGUUUUAAUAGUACGUCGAAAUAAGCUCGUGAAACCUGUGUACAAUGACUGUUAUGUUCAGUAAACUGUGGUUAUUAGCCGUGGUGUUCGUCGCGUUUUUGUAUCAGGAUGGACUCCGAGGCAACGGUGUAUUCUGCAGAAUAUAUGAGCCUACCGUAAAAGAAAACAAACAGGUCAAAGAUAUUAGCAGACAAGAAAUUGAUGUUAGUGCAUCCGAAACCGAAAAUAGGAGCGUCACUGAUGAUGACGAUUCAGGUGGCACCAGUGAAGGCUCUCAUUCGGAAACAGGCAGAGGUUUUCGCGUCGAGUCUAGCAAGAGGAAGAAUGAUUUUGACGACGAAGGGAAAGAAGAUGAUAAUGAAUACGAGGGUAAUGACUUUGGUGCAAACACUCAUGACGAUGAAGACGACGUGAAACCAAAAAGAAACCAUGAUGCCCGUAUCAAAGCCAGUUUAAAGAAUAAUAGGCGUGAUAAAACAUAUGAUGACGAUGACGGGGAAGAUGAAGAAGAGGUCGAUGUAAGCUAUAAUAAGAAACAAUCAGCCAGUAAAAAUCCCAAUAUAUACAAUAAUACUGCAACGGGCAAACAUGCAAUUGGUAAAGUCAACGACCAAAAAAACUAUAAGAGUACGGUGAAAAAUCAUUUAAUACGAAGAAAUUCUAAAAGUAAUAGUGAAAACAAUGUGAAAAACAAUAGAACACGAAAAUCUAAUAUGAACAAGAAUAAACAUGGUAAAAGGUUACAGAGCGAAGAAGAUGAAAACGAAGAUAAAGAAGAAGAAAACAGUGAAGAAAUUAACGAAGUAUAUAAUGAAACGGAGGAGGAAGAGGAAUUCGAACCCUCAAUGACCAUAAUCACGGGAAGUCCUAAAAACAUUGUAAACUUUCUUAACAAAGAAGUGAGCCCUUUUAAAAUGGACACGAGAAAAUCAAAUAAUGAGCUUCGACAAAAAAUUGAAAGAGCUAGGAAAAUCAAUCUAUCACGAAACCAUGGGGCUGGUCCAAAAGGAGAUAUUUACGUUUACAUGCACAACGUAAUAAGAAGGAACCCUCGUAAAAAUAUAUCGAAAAAAUUUCAACGAAGUCGGGGAUUAGUAUCCAUUGUGAAGGACUUAUUGAUACCAUUAAUACACCGUGGUUAGUUCAUCAACUUACAGGUAUGAGUUUGAAAUUAUGAAUAUAUUAUUAUAAUUUUUAACAUAAAAAAAAUCGGUUUAUAAUUUUAACAAUAUUA